AUGCCCCCUCUCUUCAACGUCCUCUACAUCGGCUUCUUAGACAGCCGAAUCAAAAGCUUAGAAGCCGAACAAUCAAAGGACAAAUUCUAUCUAGCCAAGUGUGCAAUCGAGGCUGAAAUCGACGCAGUCAACGCCAAGAUCAGGGAGAACGAAGUACAGUUUGACGGCGACGAUGACCGGAAGCUGUGGAAUAUUGGGAGGAAUAGACGGCUGCUUGCGGAGAAGGCGGUGAUUGAGAGCAGGAAAACGCCGUUGCCGGAGAAGUCGCAAAGACGGCUGUUGAAGAUCCGGAUGUAUAAAUUGAAGAAACAUGUGUUUGGAAUGUAUGUGGAGAGGAGGGCGGCGAUCCACGUUUUGAAUCGACUUCCACGUGACUAG